AUGAUUAAGUACACAGUCCUAGUAUUUUACAUAGUAGCGCCGUUAUUCGUGAGCAGCUACAAAAUACUAGGUAUAUUCCCAUCGUUGGAUCGGAACAACCAUCUUACUUACCGUGGCUUGUUUAGGGAUUUGGCGAAUAGAAACCACGAUGUGACCCUGAUUACCCAUUUUCAACUGGCGGACGCGCCCGCUACUUACCACAAUAUACUACUCAGUGAUACGCAUGUUUACAAAGGCUUAUCUUUUGAAUCCGUGAUACCAAACGAAAUUUCGCGAGUGCCUUUCGAAACUUUAAUAUCGACAAAAUCGGGUAAUGACGAUUGCAAGAUUUUAAUGAACAAUCAUCAAGUGCUUCAUAUGAUAAGAACUCGUCCGAAAUUCGAUGUCAUACUAGUAGAAUCGUAUAACAGUGACUGUGGAAUUGCGUUAGCGGCAAAUUUAAGUACACCAUUUAUAGUAUUUAAUCCACAACCGAUUCACCCGUGGCAAUAUAACAGACUGGGAAUCAACUUCAAUUCUGCUUUCGUUACCCAAUCGUUGUUACCCUAUGGAAAACAGCCUUGGUUCUUUGAUAGGUUGAGAAGUUAUAUUUUAUAUCACAUAACAAAUUGGGUAUAUUAUAUCGGUUCACAAGUGACCGACCAUGUAUACCUUUACAAGUAUUUAGGUGACAAUCUGCCCUCGCUAGAAAGCAUAGCGUCGAAUGCUAGCUUAGUGUUUGUAAACACGCAUCAAUCAGUGUACGGUGGAGUUGCCAGACCAGACAACGUUAUUGACAUUGGAGGCAUACACAUGAGACCACCUAAAUUAUUACCGACGGAAAUAGAAAGAUUUAUUAACGAAGCGGAAUAUGGUGUUAUUUAUGUGAACUUGGGUUCCACUGUGAAGGACUCCACAAUGCCAAAAGAAAAAUUAAACGAGUUUUUGUCAACGUUUAGUAAGUUACCUUUAAGAAUUCUUUGGAAAUGGGACGGCGGAGUGAUAGAGAAUCUCCCAAGGAAUGUAUUGACAAUGCGAUGGCUACCUCAAUACGACAUUCUAAAACACGAUAACGUAAAAGUGUUUAUUUCUCACGCUGGCAUUCUAAGUACUAUUGAAGCUGUCGACGCUGGCGUACCUGUAGUAGCUAUCCCCUUGUUUGGUGAUCAGUAUGGUAAUGCUGCUGCUAUGGUGGACGCUGGUAUCGCUAAUAUAGUUCCAUACAGUGACUUAAAGAAAUCACUCCUUAUGGAUGCCAUAAAUGAAGCAUUAGACUCAACAUGGCAACAACGAGCGAAACUCGUCUCCAGAAUUUGGCACGAUCGUCCUAUGUCACCUAUGGAAACUGCUAUUUACUGGACGGAAUACGUAGCACGAUAUCACGGUGCACCAAACUUAGUAGCGACAUCUGUUAAAGUACCGUGGUAUCAACAACUCCAGAUAGACGUUUUACUGUUUGUCGCUUUGAAUAGUACGGCUUCUCAAAACGCUUUUAUAGAAGAAAGAAGAAAAGAAAAGAGAGUAAAAUUUGAAUAA